AUCGUCAUCUCCGAAACGCCAACCUUACGGAUUCCAUUUCCUUCCCACUCUCCCCAGUCCCUAUAUAUAUAGACCUGUUCGUCUCCAUUUCUUCUUCAAACCCUCGCAUGAAAAAUUCAUAUGCUUCAAAGUUUUGGUAGAAAUCGCAGAUCAUGACCAACAUCCCUAAAUCGCUAACCGACUCCGCAUUAACCCUUUUCAAACUCGCCAUCUCGGCCUCAGAUCCUUGGCCCUUUUCUCUCUAGUGAUUGUAAACCCUAGGUUUUUCUUGAUUUUGCGCCCCCUUUUCUUGAAUCUGUACAGGCAUACUCGUGGAUUGUGCGUUUACUACGAUGGGAAGCGGAGAUAAGAGCGGUCACCUGAAUUUCCAUCUGCAUAUGCCGCACGUUCAUUUCCACCACCACCACCACGGCGGCGGAGGAAGGCGGGAGACGAGGGGUAUUCCGAAGGGAUGCGUGGCGAUAACGGUGGGGCAAGGGGCGGAGCAGCAGCGGUUUGUGAUUCCGGUGAUUUACGUGAACCACCCGCUGUUCACGCAACUGCUGAAGGAGGCGGAGGAAGAGUACGGUUUCGAUCAGAAGGGUCCGAUCAAUAUUCCGUGCCAUGUGGAGGAGUUUCGUCAGGUGAGAGGUAUGAUUGACAAGGAAACGACGACGUCCCAUCAUCACCACCACCACGACCACCCUCAUCACUACCCGUUCAUGUGCUUCAAAGCUUAGAUGUAUUUUCACGGGUUGCUUCCUUGAUGGUUGAUUACGUUUGAUGAUCUAAUUUUAUGGUUGUUUCAGUCUUAAUUUGUUUUCUUGCUAACUUAGUUGAUCAAAACGAAUGUAUUCAUCAGAUAUUUAGCAAAUGUUUAAUAUCAUUUUCAAUUCAUCAA